GUGGCUCUGGGGUUCAGUGUCCAGGCCCUGGGGUCACGCACCACCAUGACAAGGCACAGACCAUCCUGUAUAUAAGACCCGACAUCUACUGCUGGAGGUACACUUCGUCCAGGUAUCCUGUUUCUUCUGCAUCACUUAGAACCCAGUAUCGUUGCUUCGUCAUGAAGAUGUUGGUGCCUUUGUUGCUGACGUCGGCACUGCUGGUGGUGGCUGUUACUGCCAGUCGACGUGACUGUCCACCAGGCCCUUUUCCACCCAAUUUCAAGACUAAUAUGAAGAAGUGCCUGUGUGACGAUGAAGGUAUUGAUGAGGAGGCCUGCAAGACCAAGGUGAACCAAAUCAAGGAUUCGUUCAAGACAUGCGUAACAUCAAUCAUCGACGAAUUUGAUUUAACAGUGGAGUCUACCGGCAAGCCGAUACCUAGCGCAGUCUUCCAGUGUGUGGCAAACAAGGAAGAAGAGUUCGGAAUCUGCCUGGACAAAUUCAAGCAACAUAAACGAGGGCAGUAAUUACAACAGCUGCAGCAAAAACGGCCUCACAAACAUUGAAAAUAUUGAGUAGACUAAUUAUGUUGUUCUGCUAUAACAGCAUUUCUGGGUUUUUGUUAUCUUUAGCCAUUGUUAUCUUUAGCCAUUGUUAUCUUUAGCCAUUGUUAUCUUUUGUCAUUGUUAUCUUUAGGCAUUCCUAAUUUGGCUUUUUAAAAAUUCUGGUCCAGCAAAAUCAUUGCAAAGUUAACUUUUUAUUUUGGUGUAUUAAAAUUACAGUAAUUAAAAAA